CGACGACGUUUCGCGCUUUGGAGCUACAUUUUUUUUUUUUUUUUGGUUAUUUAUGGUGGUGGUUAUUGUUUCGUGUUAUUUUCUUUGUCCUUCAAGUUUGGCCUCUGGUUCUGAUAAAAUUGGAGAAGGAAAUUAGAUCAGAAGAUCUGGAUUUGGCUAGCAGGUCGCAGGGAAGGGAAGCGAGAGUACUGAACAAUUUUGCCGUCGUCGCCUACGAUUGCACUCCGACGGUCUGGUCGUGCUGUCGACGAUCCUCACCGCUAAAUCUAUCUCUGCCCGAUCGGGAGAGACGAGAAGAAAGUGCUGCAAGCGAAGUUCAGCCCCACCGCCGAUCGCCUGGAUUUGUUUUCCCCCGGCUGUUUCUAGGUAUCUUCGACAUCAGGUUACGAUUCUCCCAAAAUAGUUGCCGACUAAGCUUAGCAUGAAAUAAUUUGCGUUUUGUCGCGAUCGAAAUUCAUGCGAACUUUCUGCUUUGUUUCCUAUCCUCUUUUUGGAUUUGCAUUUUCUAUAAUCAGUAACUAGAGAGAGUUGUGUUUAUCCCUAGAUGAUGCAAAGUGGUUAUGGCGAUUUUGGUGCUCCUAGUGAGGUAUAGUUUAUUCUAUUUGGAAUUGCUGAUUGUGAUAUGCUUAUGGGGUGGAUGUGGAGCCGUCCAUUUUGGCCUUUCUGUCUGGUUGGUUUCUUUGCUUGAUUUGAUCGGAUUCUUUAUGUGAAACUUUUAGAUGCAGAACGGAUGUUCAGUUGUCAGGUUGUAUUUUCUGCUUUGUGUAAUCUGUGCUCAAUAUAUUGAUGGUCUGCUGUGGCUUCCGUUGAUGAUUAUUUGUAGGGUAGCAGAAAGGAAGCGAGAAGAAGAUGAGGAUGAAUGGUAUUCAAAUGUGGCUUCAACUAUUGGUUGUUGCGGCUCUUAUUCAUUCACCAAUGGCUGUCCCAUCGCCAACUUCCCCUGCUCUUCUCUUUUCUCCUCACAUCCAUCAGUAGGUUACCCUUGUUUCCUUUUUCAGUUGCUAAGCUCUUUCCCUCGAGACACCAUCCACUCCCACCCCGCCUUCUUUUCUCAUGUGUGUAUGAGCUCAAAUUUAGUCACAUUGCUUGUGGUCAUGGAGGCAGACAAGUUAUGUUUUCAUGUUACUUAGAAUUGCAUAAGUAUGCACAUAAUGUGUUUCACAAGUUAUGUCAUCAACUCAUUCUUGUGCAAGGACUCAUAUUUGAGUGACAUCUGAUCUGCCUAUCACUCGGAAGAAUUCAGAAAUAUGAUAUGCAUACUUGUUGUGUACUUUUCAGUGGAAUUAUAUGUACUUACUAGAGUUGUUAUAGGGUCUCAAAUGGUGAGAUGGAUGCCGCUGUUACCUACCAGACAAUUUCUUCACUAGAUCUUGCCAAGUCUGUUCUAUCUCAAGGCGGCUGGUCAAACUUAAUGUGCCCUGGGAAAAAGGUUCACCAGCCUGUGGACGUGGCACUUGUCUUCGUUGGUAGAGAGCUCCUGUCAUCUGACAUUUCUGCAAACACUGAUACAGACCCGGUCUUGUUGAACUUGCUCAAGGUCUCCUUUUCGAAGUCCAACCUUUCCAUGGGAUUUCCUUACGUUGCAGCAUCACCAAAGGAGUCGAUGGAGAAUUCUUUGUUGAUGGGUUUCCAAGAAGCUUGCGGAGAGGAGUUAGAAGCCAGCACUGUUGCUUUUUCUGAGUCAUGCUCCAUCGAUGAUCAAAAGUUCCAGAAGCUUAUUGAUGUGGAAGCAGUCCGAGAUCACCUCAGUUCAAGGGCUGAAAAGAGAGUGGAUGGCCGAACAGACCUUGUUGUUUUCUGCCAUGGAGGUUCUCAGUCCUCAAAAAUGGUCGGGAAGACACAAAGUGAAGGUGAAGUUUUUUCUGAGCUUCUCAACUCUGUGGAAGCGUCAGGAGCAACGUACUCGGUCCUAUAUGUUUCAAAUCCCUUUCAAUCUAUCCUAUACCCUUCUCAGUCAAAUUCAGGAAGGUUUCUGGCCGAAGAUACUCGGCGAAACGAGUCAGUUAAAUCUACGGGGUGUGAUGAAUUAUGCCAAAUCAAAUCAUCACUUCUGGAGGGAGUUUUAGUGGGGAUUGUUUUGCUUCUGAUUUUGAUAUCGGGACUUUGCUGUAUGAUGGGAAUUGAUACACCAACACGAUUCGAGGCACCUCAAGAGUCGUAAGAGGCUUACCUUCACAUGGCUGGGUGGAGGGUGGCAUCAAGAAGGCGUCUAUUGCAGGCGGUCUUGUAAAAGUAUUUGCUUUUAGUUAUUUUUGUUGGAGUGGUAUUUAAGAAGGUAAUGCAGGGCUGUAAUAUUUGUUUUUCACGUGGCUGUUUCUGACUGCUGGGAAUAAUAGGGAAUAUAACGUUAUGCUGUUCGUUAAGAUCGCCUACUUGAGAAGGCAAAAGCUUGAUCUGAAAUUCUGAAUGCUACUAUACUAUGGAUGUUUUUUUACACGUGGCUCGUCCCUUUGUUGAUUUUAGGCCGUUGAUUGAAGAUAGUCUUUAAUAGAGCUGUCAAACUAGAACCAGACUGUAGCAACCCGCCCAGCGCUAAAUUUGGUUCUAGCCAUUUAAUUUUUUGUCCGAAUCUAAUUUAUAGUGUAACUUUUCUAACAAAAAAAAAUGAAAUUUAGUGUACCUUCUUCAUUUUAUGUGACUUUCUUUAAAAUUAUUUUUAUAUAGGUAGCGGUAGUAAUGAUUAAUUUUUAUCACUAAAUAUGACUUAAUCAAUUAUGGAAAUACAAUAAUUUGUUCAGCUGGUUAUAGAUUAAUCACAUGUUGGACAAAAUGAGUUGUGUCAUUAAUCGUUCAUCCAACUUUAGUUAAAGAAAUAUAAUCAAAAUAAAGCAGAUCAAUCUACUUAAAAUAUUACGUGUCGGGGACGUAAGUGUCAUCCCAUGAGCAAGAGCUGGAUUCUUCCGCAACUGAAAUUGAAUCAAGUUGAUAAGGACCACAAUUCCAUCUUUUUGUGCUUGACACCAAGCUCUAAUUCGAGAAAUAUAUUGAGGAAGAUCCAAAUUCAUUAUCCCUUGUUCGGGCUUAUUCUUAUCCCUUGCUUACCUCGACUUGUGAGUUGUGAGUACUAAUCUUGCAUGUGUGAUUGAAUUUGUCACCAGUUUGGCCAUACUCUUUUGCCAAGCCUCCAUGGAAGGCUCUAGAUUCCCUCAUUCCUAAACAUUUUGCUUACCCCGACCUUUUCAUACGGUUGAUCAUUAAAGGAGACACACUUGUUUGAAAGCUGGGGCUAUCACUUUUGCAAGAUGACAUGGACGAUGAAGUCGUCUCUAUUGGUGAAAUAGUCACUAUGGGGCAUAAAGUUGUUGCAUAAGUUUUGAACAAUAUUUGAAGCUACUCCAACAAUACUCGAACCUGAAUUUAUUUUAUUUUUUGUUAUUUGCUAUGAUAAUUGUUUUUUCUUGAGUUACCUAGACAAUUAAUUUAAUUACAUAACUAUGAACUAUACAUAAUUAAAAAAAUUAAAUACAUGGUAAUAAAUAUAAGAACUUGAC